AUAUUCAACAACAACAACUACAUGUAGCGGUACCGUAAUACUACAGGCAGGACCGUGGAUGUCAGAUGUCUUGGUAUCAAAAUUCUUUCAUACUUUUCUUGUGAAUAUCUAACGUCAGAUAUGAAUCAGUGGCAAGUCUGCACUAGUUGUUGAUUAAACCUGCCAGCUAGCCGGCCAACACAAGUGACCAUUCCCUUGAUGAGCUGGUAGAUGACAUACUCUGUUCACUCACAAUCUGUAGAGUCAAGAGAUCAGACAUGGAUGGGUGAUGCAUCACAUAAGACUAGAGAGAGCCUGGUUUGAGUUCACUGUUGUAGUUAAACCAAUAUGGGUUUGUGCUUCUCAUCCUGCAAAGGUCUACAUGAUGGAGAAACUGGAAAUGCCAAUACAACGAAUGCUCGCCAGGAUGUUGAAGAUGGUCAGAUAGCAAGUGGAGAAGAGGAACGUGGAGAGCAGCAAAUCGCUAAAGAUGAACAGAAUGCAACUGAAAAUCUGAAUGAAGAUGAUGAUGUAAUUGAAGUUCAUCAGGUGGAUAAAGAUAGUUUCAAAGAUGAAGACGAGUUGGAUAGAAAGAAACCAAAUGGUGAAGAUGACCCAGUGAUUAUUGAUGAAGAAAAGUUAAGGGAAGAUGAGCAUAAUAUACAUGUAGGUAAUGAUGACCAGAUAGGUAACCAAGUAGUUGAAGAGAACAAAACAGUUAAAGAUGUUGAGGUUGUUCAGGUAGGUCAAGGGGAUGUGAUUGAACAACACAACAUAAACACAAGUGAUAAACAAACACAUGAAGUUGAAGACCAUAAGAUAAGUGAAGAAGAGUACUUCGCACAGCUUUGCAGGAAGUAUUCUAAAGACAAUCCCAUCCCAAAAGAGGAAGCUGAACUCUUCCUCAAAGAAUUGGCCUUUCCUUUGCCAACCAUGCCUCAUCUCACCUUGAGCGAAGAUAUCAUAGCUGGCAAAAGAAUCUUCAUAAUUGGUGAUGUCCAUGGUUGCUAUGACAACCUUCUAGCCCUCUUGCACAUAGCUGAUAUUGACAAGGAUCCUAACGCCCUGAUGAUUUUUGUUGGAGACAUCGUCAACAAGGGUCCCAAGACCUGCGAAGUACUCAACUUUGUCCGUUCAUCAAACUCUUACUGUGUCAUGGGAAACCAUGAACGAUCUGCAGUCCGGAAACUGCGUCUGAUGAAGUUGAAUAUAGGAUAUGAGCCUAAAGCCUCCAAGCAAUGGCUGUAUGAUCUGGAUGAAAGUGAUUAUGAGUACUUAAAGGAACUACCAUACACCAUUAGUAUACCUAGCCUCAAUGCUAUCAUUGUCCAUGGAGGGCUACUUCCUGGCAAACCCUUGGAGGAGCAUACACAGGAUGAGAUGCUCUUGAUGAGGAACAUCAUUGUUGAAGGCAAGGAGCUGAAAGCCACCAAGCAUAUCACUCACGGACAGCUUUGGGGAGAGCUCUGGAAAGGUCCUCAACAUGUCUACUUUGGUCACCAUUCGCUCGAGGGACUCCAGCGAUACCCGUACGCAACUGGGCUGGAUACCGGUUGCGUUUACCACGGAUCACUCACAGGUGUCUUUCUUACUGGAGAUAAGAAGUUAGUCUCUGUAAAAAAUGAGGGUUGCAGAAAUGAGGAAGUGAAUCAAAUUUAAGGAAGCUAUUCUAAAUACAGGGAUGUAGUCCAGACCAAUCUUGUGAUGAACCAAAAACUCAGAUUUCUGCUAUAUGUCAAAUUCUUGAAGGUACUAUUCAUUGUAUGUGAAUGAUAUUUGUAAAGGUCACUGCUAAUAAAAAAAUGAUCCACCAAAAUAUUUAAAGGUGAAAAACAGUUCACCCUAUCAUAUUAAUUUUUUUUCUUUGGGUUUUAAUAGGUGAUUAGUGUUGGCGAAUAUCAUUCUUAUAUGUAGCCCAUCCUAAUAAAGAACAUUAGCAGCUCUUUCAUGAUCAUCUGUCUCUUCUCUAUACUCUUUAUAUUAUAAGACAAAUCAAUUUUCCUGCAAAUACUCUUGGUCCUGCAGUUCUCCAAGACUGGAAGAAAUUAACAGAUAAAGGAGCUACACAUGUAGUAUUACUUUCAUCAAUAUUACUUCAUGCAAGGUACCAGAAUUUCUUGUCAUGUAUUCCUUUGUAUUUUGAGACAAUUUGCAUGCUUUAAAGUCCUAUCCUUGCAGUAUUUUAAAGUACCUCCAAGAAAUUGUAAAAUUUGACCUAAAGGCCCUUUCCCAAAUGAUCCCCGCUCAGUUCGCGAACGCCUGCAACAUUUGUUUCCCGGUGUUGCACGAUUGAUUGCUUAGUGUAUUGCAGGCAAUCGCACAAACCAGCUGUGGUCGCAAGUGGUUGCAUCUGAACUGAACAUUUGCUCAACGUUGCAUGACUUGAUGCGAGAGUUGGAGUGAUUAAGUAUACACAUUUAGUCGACUAGAAGUUGUGCAACACUUACAUGUUGCGCUAGUGACCUACAGAAACCAGUCUUGCGACUAGGUGCAAUAAUAUCUGGACCAUGAGAUUGUUGCAUAACCGAUUGCAAUGCAGCUUACAACGUUGCAUUACCAUUGCCCGACUGCAUGUGCAACAUGGUCCUCCUCUUAUAAUUUCCUCUUCUCUAUAAUCAGAGGGCUGUGUGUUCGGAUCCCACAAUGUUCCCUCACACAUUGCUGUACCAGAUUCAAAGGUCACUAUGUUUUCUCUUAAUGCACCAUGGUGGUCUGGUGUUAUGUCUUAUCAUGAAAAGCUGCCUUCUUGAAGUUUUGUGGAUGGGUAUUCAUUAAUAAAAUAAUCAUGCCAAAAUUUAGCGUGUUUGUCAGCAGGUUUUCUGUAUAAUGAUUUGGAUUAUUAUGAGUUCAUAAAAACAAAUUCUGUGCAUAGCGUGCACAAUUAGUUUGCAUAAUAAUUAAAAAUUGAUUUUAUGUUUUUGCAUAGGCUCAGGUCUUUACUACAUCUCUGUCAAGAUACAUCUCUGUAAAAAAAAAAACACACUUAUUUUAGUAUACUACAACCCAAGCAGUCCUCUUUGAUCGCUCUAGUCCAAUAGUUGUGAAGAUUGUAUUAUGCACUUGCAGAAGUCAUAGCCUAUGACAUAGGAUUACUUUACCAAAGAUGGUUGCAAACACGUAAAUUUCAUGUUUGUGAAGUACUUACUAAACUCUUCUAUUAAAGGGAGACUUGAUUUUCUUGCAAUAAAUAUCUGGUGCACAUUGAGUGUUAGUGAUGGGCUUUGUUUACAAUUGGCUAGAUUCACUCAAAUGUUUUUUUUUAUGAAAUCAAUUAUGAACAAUCUGUAUCACAGUAUUUACAUUAUGCAUGAUUUGCCAGAUAAAUUCACAAAAUAUUUAUGUUAAAGAUUUUUUUUAAUAUAUAGAUUUGCAAUAUAACUGGAUAAUCUAGAAAAUGUUUGACAACUUUUGAAGAUCAAAGCUGUAAAAUUGAAGUUUUUUUCAGGCUGUAGUGUAUUGCCUUCCCCCCUUCACAUUUUAGAGAUGUGGAAUGGAACUGGAUGAUAAAAGAAAGUGGACGCCACAGUUAUACUUCUUCAUCCAUGUACAGUAAGAUUAUACAUGCAACUCUCUCAAAUCUGACCUGGUUAAUGUAUUGGAGGACAUGAGAGGAAGCUCUUUAUGUUGACUAUUUUUACAUAGAACCUUGAAGGAGUGGAGAUUCCAUCCCCUUGGUGUGAUAGAAUGGGCAAUAACAGGACAAGUAGUUGUAAAUAAUCCAUUCUUGACUUUCUUUAACAAUGUGGUUAAGAGUUGUGUUUUAACAUACAAAUUAACAUGUACUCUGUUGAAGGAUUUGGUGUUGUUAAAUAUAAGAAAAUUCCUUAGAACAAAGGUUUUACCUGUUGGCCUCACUGCAUGCUGUAUUUCACUGUACUUAGCUUUGAUUUUGGCAAGUCCUCAUGUACUGGACAUCAACUCCAUAUGUGACCUACUGCCUCAAAACAAAGAAUAAAUCACCAGGCAAGGUGUAUAUCUAGCCAAAAUAGUAAUUUGGUCUACAAAAAUGAAAAUGUAGAAAAAAAUUAGCUUCUUUGAAAGAGUAAUGUUUCUUUCCAGAUUGUCACAUUUUGAAGACGUAAAGUUAGAUACAAAAGUUUCUUUCAGACGUAUUUUUUUUCUGGACUUAAAAGUUUUGCCCAGCUUGCACAGAAUGUGCUUAUCAUGCUUGAGUGAAGCUCGCACUGUUCUUAUUCUUCGAAGCAUUCACUGAAUUUAGUUUGAAUCGAGUAUUAGUGUGCACAAAGUUUAGUGACUAUGUUCUGUAUUCUGAACACAACUUUAAACUUGUGGUUUAACAAUGGAGAGUCAAUUGGGGCACGAAUCCAAAUAGUAAACAUUCAAUACAUGACACCCAAAUUGUUCAUAAUUGCAUGGGAAUGAUAACUGAAGUACCUUUCUUUAUUAUGAAAGCAAAGGGAAACAAAAUAGUCACAUAAGAAAUACACAAUAUAAACAUAAUUUUUUAAUUUUUGGCUUCCCAUAAUUUUAGCACAGAGUUAGACCGUGGUCUAAGUUAAACCUGACUUCAGAAUAUGGGCCAAUUAGUUUAUAUGAUGCUUGAUUGCACAUAAUAAUCAAUAUAAUCAAACAUACAAUGUAGAAAUCAUUCAUAUGAUCAAAUGCUUAGCUUUGUGUUAACUGGCCCUGUAUUGACUAGUUCUUAUCAUUUUGAUGCAUAGGAUUUGCAUUUUUAAACUCAAUAUUGGCCCGUAUUCUUAAGUCAGGUUUAACUUAGACCAUGGUCUAACUCUGCUAAAAUUAUGGGACGCCAAAAGUGUCAAAUUUUUUAUUAAGUUGUAUGUUUAAUGUGCUCUUUCCCGAUUCAUCGAUGGUGAAGACAAUGAUCUAUUUAUACUUCCUAGACAAUUAUGAAUGGUUUGAGAGCCAAUUGAGCUGAAAUACGAUAUCUCUAUCGUUAGUGAUUUAUGUAACAAUUGGCUAUCCAUACUUAAACCACAACUUUAAACUUGAGUUUAAGUUAAACCCGGCUUCAGAAUACGGGCCAAUGAAAAAAAUCUUUGAGGCAGUGGCCACAUAAUGUAUAUACUUUAUAUUCUCUCUGUUCUGGAAACAGUGGUCAUGGAGAUGAUGGUAAUGAUCAGGGAUAUAAUAUGCAAGGUAUUAGGAUAACUUUAUUGGGUCUUUGACUCCUAGGAUCUAGUCAAUGUCAUUCAAGACUUCAACCAGGUUUAAAUGUAAAUUCAAGGAACUGGUAGAGUACCGGGAGUUGCAUGUAUUUAUUCAGGUUCAGGGUAUUAUUGGAGUGCCUUGCACUGUAUUAUCACAAACAUCUUGAUCAUUACCAUGAAGACAGCAUUAGUAGGAAACGUUCAUAAGCACACCAUUAUUAUGACGAUCAUCUCUCGCAUUAUAUUCAUCAUUACGUCUAUGGUAUAACUAUGGGGGGGGGGGUUGAUUAAUCAAAAAUUUGUUUACAAGAGUUAAUGGUUUUUGUUUUUAUUUAUUUAUCUAUAUUUUGGGAGGGGGUAGAGUAGAAUGCCUUCGGGAUUGUUUCUAGUUAUUACUAAUACUUGGGGUGCUUGGAGACAAGUGCAUAGUGGUGUAGAAAUGAUCAUGUUCAAUAUUACAGCUCAAGUAUCUUAACAUUGAUUGCAAAUGCAGUAUUGAAAUAGAGGCCUGAUGGUAGAUUGAAGUCAAUUCCUAAUCUGAAGAAUGAUCACCUCCAGGAAUGUAUGUGUCAGAGCAGUGCUCCUGCACCUCCUAGUUGACUACUUGUAAUCAAAAAGUUGCCUUUUGUAUGUUUGUAAAGGGAAAGUAGGAAGGCCCUUUAGAUGAAAGAUAAGAACUUAGUUAACGUUAAUUUUACUUUAUGAAAAUCUUGUUAGAUGGGCCCUAGAAUGUACAUUUAGAAUGGUAAUUGAUUUUUUGGUUGGGGGGGGGGCACAGAUUAACAAGAAGAUUAUUACAAAUUAGAAUAUGAGUAGGUUCAUAAAUAGGCACAUUUAGUAAAGGUUGAAUUGAACUUUUAAGACUUAAAUACGGUGCGUAAAUGAUAUGCUACGCGCAUAUAUGCAGUAGUAAGUGUAAUUUUCUCAGUUGCUAUGGCAAAAAGCACAUGCAUUAGUCGCUGACAUCAGGGUUGUCGGAUCGCAAGGUGUGCGUCGUCGAGGCUUACGACUACCUUGCGAAUCAAGCUCCCCUUACUCUGUCGCAGACCAGUCGGGUCAUAAAUGGGGUGUCCUUUAGAUUGAGUAUACAUGUAUGUACAUGAAAUGUACUUGUAUUUGUACAUGUUGCUUAGUGAAGAGAGGAAAAGAAGAGUGGGUAAUAACUGUCAAUAAAGCAAGUACUACUUUUUUAUUGCUCAUGAAAUAGCAAAUUGCAGAUAUUUUGACUAUUUUUUUGUCUUGCAUGAUGGUGGAAUUUGAGAUAUUCUCUGCAUCAUGUGAUAGUUCAUAUUAUUUGCAUAUUUAUAAAUGAUUAGAACAAUUUAAUAGACUUCAUACAUGUAUACCACCGGCAUAGAUACAGUUAUAUGAUGUCACAUUAUUCAAGGGGAGGGGGCAAUGGUGGGUUGUCAAAAAAUAUAGAUCAGCCACCCCCCCCCCCCAAUUUAUGCAAUAGAUUCGCUGCUUGAGUCUAUGCCAGAGAUGUAUGUUAGUAUUUUUUUUGUUGUGGCAAAAUAUUCUAGCCUUUACAAAAAUAUCACCUUGUGCCUUGAGUGGUUGUUAAAUGCCAACUCUUGUAAUCACUGACUUUUUAUAGUAUUGUGUGUUAAUUUAUUUAAAGGGAUAUUCCACUCUAAAAAUAUGAUUAUUUGAAAAGAAUCAGUAAAUUACAUGACCAAAACAGGAAAACUAUUGACCCAAUUCUUUAUUGAAAAUAUUUUUAACAUGCACGUCAAAGGAAAUGUUAAAAAUUUUUUUUUGAAACUCAUAGGAAUACAUGGAGCUAUGCGUAAAUUCAUGAAUCUGAGUCGAGGGUUAUUUUUAUAGCUGAAUCCUAGAAAGCAAUGUUAAAUUCCCAUGGAAAUCUUAUUUUGCUUUCAAAAAUAUGAUUUUUUAGGAUAAGCGAUCUGAGUUUUUGCGUCGAGAGGUUGGCACUCUGAUGAAGAGUCUUUCUACACUAAUAUGAUUGUGGAUGAAUUAGAGCUGUUUAUAAUUGCAUAAUUGACAAGCUUGCCAUCCAUUUGCCUUUGCACUGAAUUAAAUGAAAUUCUCAAUCUUUUCUUUAUGAUGGAUUGUUGAUUUUACUUCUGAGCAGAGAUGCAUACAUGAAUUGAAACACAAUCUGACUGGUGAUAUAUAAAUCAUGAAGGGAAAAUGAUAAACUCAUAUCUGAGGGGUAUUUAGAGAACUCUUUAUGCUUUUUCAGGUACAGGUAUUUCAAGAGUUAUCCUAUUCCUUUUAAUUGAAAGUUGUUACUUGGUUGAACUUUUAAACAUUUCCUAGUACCGUAGCUCCAAAUUAAAAUCAAUAAAAUUACAUCAGUUCUGAAGUGAAAAAGAAAUACAUGUAUUUUCUGCUUCUAAUAGAUAACAUAAUUUUAGAGUUGACGAGCCCUUUAUUUGGGAUAAGGUGGAAAGCAUGUAUAGUUUUACAGGGUCUUAAUACAGAUAAUUUAAAAAAGAAAUGUAUACAAAUAUUAUAUUGAAAACAUUAUUAAGUCACUCUUGCCUAUGAUUAUGCACUGGGGGUCUUUUACAAAGACUUAAGUAAUAGAGUCGCAUGUAAAUGCUUAAUUGCAUGUGUUUUUAAAAGGCAUGCCAAGUCAAGUGGACACGCACUACCUAUUGAUGAAUAAGAUUGCACGUUUAUUUUAUAUAUACAUGUUGGCAUUUACGUGCAACUCUAAGUCAUACUAAUAUCUUUGUGAAACAUCCCCCAAAUCAUGUAUGAAAUAUGAUAAUAACAUAUUUUAAAGUAAAAAGGGCUUAGAUGCCUGUACAUCUCACUGAUAUAGACAUGGAAGGGGUGAUGUCCAUGUACUUGGUGUGCAACAACAAAAAAUAAUAAUGAGAUUCAUUAUUCGAAAGUUUGUUGAACUCCGCUGUAUUUUGAAAAAAAAUUGAAUGUUAUUAUGAACCCUCCCUUUUGUUCAAUUUUAG